UUGUUUGUGCAGAACGAAGUACAAUAAAAAACAAAAAUAAGAAAAUAAACAAACAUGCAUUAAUUUAUUUUGUCAUUAGUGUAGAAGGGAGGAGUAAAGUGUAUUAAAUGAUCGCUUAAAAGUGAAUUAAACUUAACUACAAUAAGUGAUAUAUUCAUUUUUACAAUACUUAUAAAAAAGAAUAAGUGGUGCUUCAUUCGAAAUUAGACUCCAUUCACUUUGAACUGCAAAAUUCGUGAUAUUUUCAAUUAAAAUUGAAUAUGUUACCGGAACCAGCUACGUAUGCCAUUACCUUAUUAGUCUAUGGUGCUAUAUUACUAUUACUGAUAUACUAUGUUCUAACUUUGGCCGACUUAGAGUGCGAUUACUUAAAUGCACAGGAAUGUUGCGCACGUCUUAAUUUUUGGGUGCAUCCAAAAUUCGGUUCACAUGCUUUACUUUGCAUUUUACUGCUGUUGGGCGGUCAUUGGAUUAUGUUUUUGUUGAAUUUACCCAUUGUCGUUUGGCUGGGAUACGAAAUUUACAAGCAGCCGCGUGAUAGCCUCGGCGUUUAUGAUCCUGUCGACAUACACAGUCGCGGUCUGCUCAAAGUACAUCUACGUAAUUGUAUGAUAUACUUAGGCUACUAUUUUACUAUGUUCUUUGUGGCACUCUAUUGCAUGAUAUCUGCGCUACUAAAAGGUGACCCUAUUAAACGGCACGAGGAAGGCGAAAUUGUAACAGAAUUUUAGAUAUUAACAUCUACUUUAAUAUCAGAUACGUUAAGUUAUAUAAGUGAACGAUAUAUCCCACAAUUUUUUGCAAUUAUUUUAUCCUCAAUGCACAACAUUUCUCAAUAAUUAAAAUGACUAACAACAAACUUAGUGUGUCUAUGAAAGCAGUAGGAAGAAAUCUGUGUUCAUAUGAACAAAUUCUGCAGUUUAACUGAAAGUGUUAGUAUAUUACAAUCAGUCAGUUCAUCAUAUCACGUGCCAUAAAGUCUAGACGUUAUGUUUAAAGUCGGAUAAGUUCUAUGAAAAUAGACAUCCUCGUACGUAUUUUCAUCCAUUGCUGUAAAUAGCCUGAAGGAGCUUAAUCCGCUUCCACUCCACUGCAUCAAUAUCAGCAAAAUUUUCACACGGCUAUUAUUUUUUAUGACGAUAACUAGAUAUUAAAAAAUAUACACUAUAUAAACGAUAUAUGUAUGUCAAAAAUACGAAUACCAAACUAAUUCAUGACAUCUAUCUAUCUUCAAAUUGAUUAUUUCAAUAUUUUAUAUAUUAUACAUAAUUUUAUUUGAAACUGUAAACUGUUGCAGAAGACGUGAAGAAUCGAAAACACAAUCAUACGAAUUUAUUAUUUAUUAUAAGACUUUUAUAAAAUUAUUCUAAAUGUUUUAAUUUUAAGCGUUUCGUCUUCCAAUUAUGACAUUUAUUAGCACCUAAUGCACAGGGAAAUAUCUUGUCCAUUAUCUGGCCUAUGUGCCAUUUAGCCAUUUAGACUAUUAAUAGAAGCUGUUCAAUGCUUGAAGACAACUGUCUUUUCAUUUAUAUGGACGCUAUGGCACAAUAGACAAUGGACAAUAUAUUUCCGCAAAUAGCUGUAGACAUUCUCUGAAUGUAUAUACGCGAAUACAUCAAAAUGCACUGAAUCUCAAAAACUAGUACGUGCAUAGGUACUACUGGUCACUAGUCUCAAAUAACUCAUUGAUAUUAAAAUCGUACAAAUGUUUUGUUUAAUUUAUUGUUUGAAAUUUGAAUAAACGUUAAAUAAAUUUAAU